CGGCCAUCAUGAACAAGAAGCAGCAGCUGUGCCUGGGCGUGCCUGCGCCCCUGGGCUACGUGCCAGGGCUGGGCCGUGGAGCCACAGGUUUCACCACCCGCUCUGAUAUCGGCCCUGCCCGCAAUGCCAACCACCCUGUGGACAACUGGCAUGCCCCGCUGGGCAAGAGAGCAGUGGGGAACCAGAUGAACAACCAGACAGCAGAUGGGGAUGAUGGGGAUUUAAAUGACACCAGCUACGAUGAGUUCAACGGCUACGCUGGGAGCCUCUUCUCAAGUGGCCCGUAUGAAAAAGAUGAUGAAGAAGCAGAUGCCAUUUAUGCAGCUUUGGGUAAGAGGAUGGAUGAACGCAGGAAAGAAAGGAGGGAACAACGAGAGAAAGAGGAAAUAGAAAAGUACCGUCGGGAACGACCCAAAAUUCAACAGCAGUUCUCAGAUUUGAAACGGAAAUUAGCAGAGGUUACUGAGGAGGAGUGGGUGAGUAUUCCUGAGGUUGGGGAUGCCAGGAACAAGCAGCAGAGGAAUCCUCAUUAUAAGAAGCUGACUCCUGUCCCCGACAGCUUCUUUGCAAAGCAUUUGCAGUCAGGGGAGAAUCACAUUUCCGUGGGCCCACACCAGAUACAAUUUGGUGGACUGAAUACUCUGUAUCCAGGAGGUUUGAAUACUCCGUACCUGGGAGGAAUGACACCAGGCUUGAUGACACCUGGGACAGGUGAAUUGGAUAUGAGGAAGAUUGGCCAAGCCAGGAACACCUUGAUGGAUAUGAGGCUAAACCAGGUGUCGGACUCUGUGAGUGGCCAGACUGUAGUGGACCCAAAAGGAUAUUUGACAGACUUGAAUUCCAUGAUUCCCACACACGGAGGAGAUAUCAAUGAUAUCAAAAAAGCCCGUUUGCUCCUGAAAUCUGUCCGAGAGACCAAUCCUCGUCAUCCACCAGCCUGGAUAGCAUCGGCCCACCUGGAGGAGGUCACUGGCAAACUCCAGGUGGCUCGAAACCUCAUCAUGAAAGGAACAGAGAUGUGCCAGAGUGAAGAUGUUUGGUUGGAAGCUGCUCGGCUUCAGACUGGAGAUGCAGCCAAGGCUGUUGUGGCUCAGGCUGUGCAGCACCUGCCACAGUCUGUGCGGAUCUAUAUCAGAGCAGCAGAGCUGGAGAUAGACAUCCGUGCCAAGAAACGUGUCCUUAGGAAAGCCCUGGAGCACGUUCCAGACUCGGUGCGUUUGUGGAAAGCAGCCGUGCAGCUGGAGGAACCUGAGGAUGCCAGGAUCACGCUGAGCCGGGCUGUGGAGUGCUGCCCAACCAGUGCUGAACUCUGGCUGGCACUGGCAAGGCUGGAGACAUACGAGAAUGCUCAGACAGUCCUUAACAAAGCCCGGGAGAAUAUCCCGACGGAUCGGCACAUCUGGAUUACUGCUGCCAAACUGGAGGAAGCCAGUGGAAACACCCAGAUGGUGGAGAAAAUCAUUGAUAGAGCCACCACAUCUCUUCUGGCUAAUGGUGUGGAAAUCAACAGGGAGCAGUGGAUACAGGAUGCCGAGGAAUGUGGUAAAGCUGGAAGUGUGGCCACAUGCCAGGCAAUUGUGAGAGCUGUGCUGGGGAUUGGGAUUGAGGAAGAAGACUGGAAACACACCUGGAUGGAAGAUGCAGACAGUUGUGUUGCUCAUAAUGCCCUGGAGUGUGCCCGAGCCAUUUAUGCCUAUGCCUUGCAAGUCUUCCCGAGCAAGAAGGGUGUGUGGCUGCUAGCAGCCUGCUUUGAAAAGAGCCAUGGAACCAGAGAAUCCUUGGAGGCUCUUUUGCAGAGAGCUGUUGCUUGCUGUCCCAAAGCAGAGGUGCUGUGGCUCAUGGGAGCCAAAUCCAAGUGGCUGGCAGGAGAUGUUCCAGCAGCCAGAAGCAUCUUGGCCCUGGCCUUCCAGGCCAACCCCAACAGUGAGGAGAUCUGGCUGGCUGCCGUGAAGCUCGAGUCGGAGAACAGUGAGUAUGAAAGAGCAAGGAGGCUGCUGGCAAAGGCUCGCAGCAGUGCCCCCACAGCAAGGGUCUUCAUGAAGUCUGUGAAGUUGGAAUGGGUGCUUGGGAACAUUGCUGCAGCCCAGGAGCUCUGUGAGGAAGCCCUGAAGCACUAUGAGGACUUCCCCAAACUGUGGAUGAUGAAAGGACAAAUUGAAGAACAAAAAGAGCUGGUAGAGAAAGCACGGGAGGCUUAUAAUCAAGGGUUGCAGAAGUGCCCCCAUUCCAUACCCCUGUGGCUUUUGCUGUCCAGGCUGGAGGAGAAAGUUGGGCAGCUGACUAGAGCAAGAGCCACCUUAGAAAAGUCCCGCCUGAAAAAUCCAAGGAAUCCAGAUCUCUGGUUGGAGUCUGUGCGCUUGGAAUAUCGAGCUGGGCUGAAGAACAUUGCCAACACCAAGGCACUGCAGGAGUGCCCCAGUUCAGGCAUCCUGUGGUCAGAAGCAAUUUUCCUUGAAGCACGACCCCAGCGAAAGACCAAGAGUGUGGAUGCUCUCAGGAAGUGUGAACAUGACCCACAUGUCCUGCUGGCUGUGGCCAAGCUGUUCUGGAGCGAGCGUAAAAUAACCAAGGCCAGAGAGUGGUUCCACCGCACACUGAAGGUAGGCUCUGGCCUGGGGGAUGCCUGGGCCUUCUUUUACAAAUUUGAGCUCCAGCACGGCACAGAGGAACAACAGGAAGAGGUGAGGAAGCGCUGUGGGAAUGCUGAACCUCACCAUGGAGAGCUCUGGUGUGAUGUCUCCAAGGACACAGAGAAUUGGCAGAAAAAGACUGGAGAGAUUCUUGUGCUGGUGGCAGCCAAGCUGAAAAAUAUUUUCUAGGGUGUGCUGGCCUCAGCUGCCUCAGGGUUCCCUGUAGGAUUGAACCUGUUUGUGCUGCAUUUGCCUUUUCAGUGGCACAGAUGAAGGACAGUGUUGGGGGUUAGGUUUCUUUCCUUUGGUCCUUUCCCCCUAUUAUUUUCCCCCAUAAGUUGCUAGGAGUACUUCAGAAAAAUAAAAGAAGUGGCCAAAGUCAGGAGAGUAGCUGGCUGCACUUCUCCUAUCUGGGAGUUUCUCUCCAAGGGGCAGAGAUACCGUGAGAAUUGGGCAGAUAAAGGAUGGGGCUGGACCAGCUGUAGCUCUCUCAAUCUCAGUUUAGGAGGAAGAUGGCUGGAGCUGCUGCUUGGCGAAGGGAAUUGCCGUGGGAUGAGCCUCUGCUCGUGAGAGCAGCGACAGACCUGGACCUUAUUAACUGACCUGGACCUUGUUAACUCCCACCUCACUGAAAGAGGGACCUAUCCCCAUCUGCUCGGGUGCCUGGGAUGCUGAGCCCCCCUCUCCUUGCCCUGCUGAGCACUGUCCUGUCCCCGCUGUUUCUUUGGCACUGCUCCGAGGUUUCGCUGCACUGCUGUCCCUUACCCCCUGCCUGCUGACACACCCCGCGCUCCCAGCCACGGCUCCGGAGCUUCUGAUACGUCUCGUCUAACACCCUGCGAUUUUUGCUCGUUCCUGCCAUCCCAGCUGCUGUUUCCGAGCGUCCUGCAGGAGCACCGGGCCUGCGCUGCCCCAGGGUUCGUGAGCAAAGGCUCUCUGCUCCAUCCCUUCAGUCUGGGACAGAGCCAGCUGCCCUGCCCGCCGGGAGCCUGCCAGAGCUCGCUGCCAGCGGGGAAGGGAACCACAGCCCAGGGAAUAGCACC